AUGGGUCUCUCAAGAGAGGCGAGGAUCAUCAUCCUCCUGGUCAUCGACACGGCCUUCUUCUUCCUCGAGCUGAUUGUCGGUUAUGCAGUCGGCUCGCUCGCUCUUGUCGCAGACUCGUUCCACAUGCUCAACGAUGUCCUCUCCCUCAUUGUCGCGCUGUACACGAUCAAGCUGGCUACCAGCCCCUCGAGCUCGGCCAACAGCUAUGGCUGGCAGCGUGCCGAAAUUCUUGGUGCGCUGAUCAACGGUGUCUUCCUUAUUGCGCUGUGUGCGUCCAUCGGCGUCGAGGCCGUGGGUCGUCUCAUCUCUCCUCCCGAGAUCACCAACCCCAAGCUUAUCGUUGGCGUCGGUACCGCUGGCCUCAUUAGCAACAUGGUCGGCCUGUUCCUCUUCCACGACCACGGGCAUGGACACGGGCAUGACCACGGCCACGACCACGGCGCCAUUACUCUGCCGACUGACGAUGACGAGCCUCUCCAACCUGAGGCGAUGCCGAUUCAGCGUCGGAGAUCCGACAGCCUCACCUUCCCUUACCAACAUCCCGCGGAGACGCGCGCUCAGAUCAUCGAGGCUGCUCGUUUCGGUGCGUCUUACGACGGUGAUGUCUACACCGGGUCGCCUCUCCCCACGCACCACCGCACGUCGAACGCCAGUAGACGUCGUUCGCGGCCCUUGGCUGCUCUCAAGGCACCGCAGCCUGGCACCAACGAAACCAUGGCGCCACCGCCGCGCGAGGUGGUCGCCUCGUCGUCUACACCCUCGACUGACAACACUGCUGUCGACGAACCCGUGUCCCCCAAGACUAUCCCUCCUACGAAGCACGCUGCUGACGCUGACGCUGCCGAGCGCGGCAACGGCCACGACCACGACCACGACCACGACCACAAGCCAGCCAAGGCGCCGACCAGCGGCCACGCGCAUGGGGCGAUGAACAUGCGCGGUGUCUUCUUGCACGUUUUGGGCGAUGCCCUCGGCAACGUUGGUGUCAUCUCGGCCGGUCUCGUCAUCUGGUUCUUUGAGGGGAGCUGGACCCUGCUCUUCGACCCGGCCGUCUCGUUGCUCAUCACCUGCAUCAUCUUCAGCUCGGCGAUGCCGCUCGUGCGCUCAGCGUCCAAGAUCCUGAUGCAGGGCGUGCCCGAGCACGUCUCGCUCGAUAGCGUCCGUGACUCGAUCAACAGCGUCGACGGCGUCGUGAGUGUGCACGACCUUCACGUGUGGCAGCUCUCUGAGACCACCACGGUCGCGUCUGUCCACGUCAUGAUCGAACCCGACAAGGACUACAUGGAGGUGGCGAACAAUAUCCGCAAGGAGCUGCACGCGCACGGCAUCCACAGCGUCACGAUCCAGCCCGAGUUCUACAACGGCUCCGAGACCAGGUCCGACUCGGGCGACGAGGGCAACGCUUGCCUCAUACGCUGCCCACCCGAGUUGUGCGCUGCCGACACGUGCUGCCCGCCCAGCCAGCCCCGUACUCCCCGCCUCGACAACGUCGCCGAGGGUGACGAGGGGUCGAGCCCCUCGCACUAG